UGACCCCGGAAGCGAUCCCGGGAAGCGGGAACGGCAAGAUGGCGGUGCGAGCGGCGUUUGGGCCACUGGGACGGCGUCUCUGGCAGGGUUCGAGGAAUUUUUCUGUAUGCAGUUCCAGGAGCAGUACAGCCAAAAAUGGUGGCCUUCUUCUCAGCACCAAUAUGAAGUGGGUACAGUUUUCAAACCUACACGUUGAUGUUCCCAAGGAUUUGACCAAGCCUACGAUAACCGUUUCUGAUGAACCAGACACGUUAUAUAAGCGCCUAUCAGUUUUAGUAAAAGGCCAUGAUAAGGCUGUAUUGGACAGUUACGAAUAUUUUGCGGUGCUUGCUGCUAAAGAACUUGGUAUCUCUGUUAAAGUACAUGAACCUCCAAGGAAAAUAGAGCGAUUUACUCUUCUCAAAUCAGUGCAUAUUUUCAAGAAGCACAGGGUUCAGUAUGAAAUGAGAACACUUUACAGAUGUUUAGAGUUAGAACAUCUCACUGGGAGUACAGCAGAUGUCUACUUGGAAUAUAUUCAGCGAAACUUACCUGAAGGAGUUGCCAUGGAAGUUACAAAGACAAAAUUAGAACAGUUACCAGAACACAUCAAGAAGCCAAUCUGGGAAACAAUACCAGAGGAAGAAGAAAGUAAGUCAUAAAGUCUCAGCGUGACCACCUGUGCUGGGAUGUGAAGUGAGCAUGUCAAGUGGAGGGAGUCUCCAGGGAAGACAGUUUCAAGUCACCGUGACUGCUCUCCUGAGGCCGCAUGGCUUGAUCAGUAGAAAACAGGGAUUGGAAGUUUACGAUACACCAGACUAUUGUGCAGGAACCACUUUAUCUAUUCUUUCAUACAUGUCAUUGUUUCAGUUCGGAUUUUAACAAAUGUGAGCAAACCAUUUGGACCACUCUGUACCAAAACAGCCAAAUUCAUAUUUUGUUAUUCCACUGUUGUUCAAUUAUUAGUUUGUACUGAUUGUGAUUUGUAUCAUUUCAUUCAUCUACAAGUGACUGUUUCAAAUAUUCCUCACACACAUUUCUUUCUUUUGAGGGACCUAGAAGGAAACUUUGGUUAAUUUAACACUGAGCAGUUAAAGUUUUUGAUAUUUACCUUAGUGCAGGCUGGCAUAUGCUAGUUUGGGGGUGGUGACCUCCAGGUUUUACCUCAUGUAAGCAUUACAUUCUUGAAAAUUGAUAUACUUUAUAGCAGAUCAAGCACAUUUGUGGCAUGCGCUGAACUCUUCUGUAGCCCGAACCUUUUCAGGGCUGCCUAGAAGGGUCACUAUAACGGAAUUUGAGCUCUCAAGAAAUUACUGUAUCGUUUCAUUCAUCCUGUAAUGCAUUUAUUCAAUAAGCUUUUCUUUUGUUGACUUUGCACCCAGCACUGUAGUAAAUACCAAAAAUUGAAUAGCAAUAACAGCUUUCAAAAAUUGUACAAGGCACAAAUAAAUACUUUUCCUUAUUAAGUUCCAUGCUGAUAAGACCUCUUUCUUUUGGUGAAUAGCACUCUUUUUGUUUGGGGAUGUCUAAUUUUCCAUAAAAUUAAAUAGUAGUUAAAGCUCUGAAAGAGGCAAGAUGACAGUGGGCUGAGGCUGUUGGUGUAUCAACCCCAAGGGAGUGAUACGUUUCCUGUUUACAGCAGAAUCCGGCCCAUGUCUUUUGUGGUUUCCUUCACAUCGUUGGGGUAGUUAUGACUUCUCAGUUUUCCACCCUUAAACUGGAGUCCCUGUUCUCUUUUCCCGACGUGCUAUCAGGUACGAGUGUUCUGAAUGCACACUGCUCAUGUAUCAGACUUACAUUACUGUCAUUAACAUGAAAAGAAUUACAGCCUUGUGCCCCAUGACCUCAUUCUUUUUGCAGCUCAGUUGUCAACUGUGUCAUUCACAAAUGCCUAAAGCAUGUUUAUCCCAGGUAUAAGCCUCAGGAUUAAGAACUAGUCAGUAAAACAAGAGCAGUAUAAUAGUAACUGUAUCUAGCAAAGCAGCCAUUGUGACUCAUUUUCAUUUUGAAAGAAAUAAUUCUUUAAAAAUAAAUGUAGACCCACAUCUAAUCCUUUUUUGUGCUUUCUUUACAGACAGUAUCAAUCACUUUAUUAUAAUAGGAUGACUUCUGCAUACUUGCCUCCAGUGGCUCUCUUUUAAAGGUGUACAUCCACUUCCAGCUGUUUUCAGACUAAAGUAGCCUCUAAACCAGAUUAUUUAGCACUUCAAAUUAUAUAUUAAAAUCUUGUUUUAAGAUAAAUACAGAGAUAAACUACACACACAACAAAAAUUAAUGGUAUUUCCUUGACAUAAGUACUUGGCAUAUUUGAAGCCCACUUGAUAUAAACUAGGUAAUUUCUUUAUUCUGAUAGACUGAGAAGGGUCUUUUUGUUUGUUUUUAAUUGGGUCUCCUGAGUAAAAUGUAUGUUCUGAAAAUUAGAAUUAAUGCCCAAGUCUCAACUUUCUGUUCAUGGUGGUGACGGGAGGUAGUGAGAAAAGUAGACCUGAUUUCGGGAUGGACCAGAAGGCAGGUAGGAACUGAGACGGUUUUUUAUUGAGGUGAAGCCCUGAGUUCAUUGUUAUUUUCUCUGAUCUGAAGUAUAGUUUCUUUUCAUAUUAAAUAAAAUAGUGUUAAGGUCUGUUUUAAAUUAUUGGUAGACUCUACAGAUUAAACUCGUUCAGUGCCUAGUUUUGAUGCUUUCAAAGAGAAUUACUUAUAUGUCCUUUGGCCACUUAGAUAUGCCACAGUAAAUACAUAAAGCAAU